AUGGCGUACAAUGCUGCUGUGAACUACCGUGUGAACGGUGAGUGGGUGUGGGUGGACCCUGGUAUCGGGGUGCCCAUCGGAGCCCGGGUCAAAUUGACCGAAACUGGACACCAGCUACUGGUGGAUGAUGAAGGAAAGGAACACAGGCUCUCCCAGAAGGAGGAGGGCUCCAUCAGGGUGAUGCACCCCACCUCAGUGGAGGGGGUGGACGACAUGAUCCGCCUGGGGGACCUCAACGAGGCCGGGCUCCUCAGGAACCUGCUGGUCCGACACAGGCAGGGCAUCAUCUAUACCUACACAGGCUCUGUGCUGGUGGCAGUCAACCCCUACCAAGAGCUUCCUCUCUAUACAGCCGACCAAGUGAGGCUGUACCACGGGCGUAGGCUGGGUGAGCUGCCCCCGCACGUCUUUGCCAUCGCAGAUACCUGCUACUUCAACAUGCGCCGCCACAACCGAGACCAGUGUUGCAUCAUUAGUGGGGAGUCAGGUGCAGGGAAGACAGAGAGCACCAAGCUGGUUCUUCAGUUCCUUGCUGCAGUAAGUGGACAGCACUCCUGGAUAGAGCAGCAGAUACUGGAGGCUAACCCUAUACUGGAAGCAUUUGGGAAUGCCAAAACAAUUCGCAACGAUAACUCCAGCCGCUUUGGGAAAUACGUGGAAAUCUUCUUCAACAAAGAUGGCGCCAUAGAAGGGGCUCGCAUGGAACAGUACUUACUGGAGAAGUCUCGUGUCUGCCAUCAGGCCAUGGAGGAGCGGAACUACCACAUAUUCUACUGCAUGUUAGCGGGGAUGACGGCAGAACAGAAGAAAACACUGUGUUUGGGAAAUGCCGCUGAAUUCAGCUACCUCAAGAGGGGUGACUGUAUUGUCUGCGAUGGACGUGACGAUGCUAAGGACUAUAUCCGUAUCCGCAUGGCCCUGAAGAUCCUCACUUUCACUGAGACCCACUGCUGGGAGAUCCUCAAGCUGCUUGCUGCACUCCUCCACCUGGGCAAUGUCAGCUUCGAAGCCGCCAUCUUGAAUAACAUGGAGAGCUCUGAUGUCAGUUUGUCGGAUCACUUUACCCUUGCUGCCAAAUUGCUGGAGGUGCAGCCUGCGGCUCUGGCUGUGAGCCUGACCUACCGCUCCUUCAUGACCAACAGAGAGCGAGUGUCCAAACCCCUCAACUCUGAACAGGCAGCCGACUCCAGGGACGCCUUCGUCAAGGCGAUAUAUGGCAAACUCUUCAUCUGGAUCGUUGGGAGAAUCAACAGUGCCAUCCAUAAGACUCCCACCAACGGUCCCAAAAACGUCCGUAACUCCCGUAACUCCAUCGGAUUGCUGGACAUCUUUGGUUUCGAGAACUUCGACUCAAACAGCUUUGAACAGCUAUGCAUCAACUUUGCCAAUGAGCAGCUGCAGCAGUUUUUUGUGCGUCAUGUGUUCAAGCUGGAGCAGGAGGAGUACACCAAGGAGGACAUUGUUUGGAAGAACAUCACCUUUAGCGACAACACGGACACCCUUGAUCUCCUCGCUGUGAAGCCCCUCAACGUGUUGGCCCUGAUCGAUGAGGAGAGCCACUUUCCCAAGGGCACAGAUGUCACCAUGCUGAACAAGAUGAACCGGACUCAUGCGAAGUGCAACCGGUACAUUCCAUCCAAGAACACCCACGACAUGGAGUUUGGGAUCCGCCAUUUUGCUGGGGUUGUUCACUACGACUCAAAAGGAUUCCUGGAGAAGAACAGAGAUGCUCUUAACUCAGACAUCCUCAAGUUGAUUGACGCAUCCACCAACAAGCUGCUGCAACAGCUCUUUGAGAAGGAGCUCUCUGCAAAUACGGAUGGCAGGAGGCAGGUGUCCACGCUGAGCGGUCAGUUCCGUCAGUCCCUGGACUCCCUCAUGAAUGCCCUGUCCAAAUGCCAGCCCCAUUUCAUCCGCUGCUUCAAACCCAACGACGAUAAGAAGUCCAUGGUUUUUGACAGAAACCUGUGCAUACGUCAGCUGCGGUAUUCUGGAAUGAUUGAUACCAUCAAAAUCCGGAAACUGGGAUUUCCAAUCCGUCACACGUUCAAACAGUUUCUGCAGCGGUACAGAGUGCUUCUGAAUACAACCGUCUGUGACCCCAAAACUGAGUCAGCAGCAGCCUGCUGCAAUGCCAUCUGCAAGGCCGUGAUCACAGGCCAGGAUGGCUGGAAGAUCGGCACGACUAAGAUUUUUCUAAAGGAUGCCCAUGACUCCCUACUAGAGCGGGAGAGAGAGCGAGAGCUCAAUAGGAAAGCCCUCAUCAUCCAGAGGGUCAUGCUUGGCCAAAGAGACAGGAAGAGCUUUGUGAAGAAAAGGAGAGCUGCCGUGGUUAUACAGAAGCGAUGGAGAGGUUAUAGAGAGAAAAAAGAAUACAGAAAACUCCAGCUUGGCUUUGAGCGUCUGCAGUCUAAGAUCCGUGGCCGUCUGGCCCAAGGGCAUUACCUGAAGGAGCUGGCGGCGGCCGUCACAAUGCAGUCCCAGGUGCGCGGGUACCUAGCCAGGAAGAGUUAUAAGAGCAAGAGAGAAGCUGUGACAGUCCUCCAGGCCCACACCAGAGGCAUGCUGGCUAGGAAGACCACCAACAAGAUGAAGACCGAUUUCUUCCUAUCUGCCCAGGAGCGGGAGGCGAGGGAGCGGUCAGCCGCGGAGCUCCAGCAGAGGCUAGAGGACGUCCUCAGCCAAUCACAAGAGGCUGCUGCCAAGCCGGAGCCAGUCAGUGAGCAGGAAAUGGUGGAAACCAUGUUUGGCUUCCUGCCCAACAAAGUGGCAGUAGGAGGACGGGAGGGACCAGCUCCCGAGGGCUUUGAGGACUUGGAGAGAACGCGGACCGUCCCAGAGGUGAUUGAGGAGAGCCGAGAGGAGAGUCCAGUAGAAAGCCCAGCUCCGGUAGUAAUACAAGUACCAGUACCAGCACUAGCUCGGACUGUACCAGCUCCAGAACCAGUACCAAUCGCAGUACCAGAGGAGCAACCAGUGGUGAACUACGAUGAUGAGAAUGAGGAGUUCUCCUUCACCAAGUUCAGUGCUCUGCACUUCCAGGGCUCUGCUACCCACAGUCACAUCACCCAGAGGCUGCGGCAGCCCUUGCUCUACCACGAAGACGAGGGAGACGCACUGGCCUGUCUGACAGUGUGGUGGAUCAUACUGAGGUUCAUGGGGGACAUAGCUGAGCCAAAACUGAUCAACCAGGAGCCCUCCGCCCCCACUCCCAUCCAGAAUAACCUGGGCCAGAGGCAGAACAGGAGGCUCAGCAACCUGGUGGGCCUGGAUCAGAAAAUACUAAGGAAAAAUAGAAAGAAACAAGGAACGGGGAAUAGAAAAGCUUCGACCAUUAUAGAGGAGUCAGAGACUAUGACGGAGGAGAAAGACAUUCUGAUUGGAGAGGGGCGCACUUUGGAUCGGCCAAUAUCCGACCUUGAAAAACUGCAUAUUAUUGUUGGAUACGCCCUAUCCAGACGAGAUAUAAGGGAUGAGAUCUAUUGUCAGAUCAUUAAACAGCUGGUGAACAAUAAGAACCAGAAGAGUUCUCUCAGAGGCUGGGUCCUCCUCUCUAUCUGUUUGGGCAUCUUCCCCCCAACAGAACUCCUUAUGCAGUACCUGGAGAGCUUCCUGGGCAGAGGACCAAGUAGCUACGGUCCGUACUGUGCUGAGCGUCUGCGUCGCAUCGUUGCCAAUGGGGAGCGAGGUGAACCACCCUGUUGGAUAGAGCUCCAGGCUGUCAAGACCAAGAAGACCACGCAAGUGUCUGUGGCCUUGAUGGACAGCCUUAGCGUCAGCCUGCCUGUAGACUCAGCCUGUACCUCGGCCGAGGUGUGCCAGGCUCUGGCCAAGAAAGUCAACAUCAAGGACAUCUACGGAUUCUCUCUCUACAUCGGCUUCUGUGAGAAGGUGUGGUCCCUGGGCAGUGGCGGGAGGCACGUGAUGGACGCCAUCUCGCAGUGCGAGCAGGAAGUGAGACGGAAGGGCGAGGAGGAGCAGCACGCCCCCUGGAGACUCUACUUCCGCAAGGAGCUGUUCACACCCUGGCAUGAUUCCUCGAUAGAUGCAGUCAGCACGGAUCUCAUCUACAGACAGGUCAUCAGAGGCCUCAAGUCUGGGGAGUACCAUUCUGAGAAGGAGGAUGACUUUGUGCAGCUCGCAGCAAUGUACUACUAUGUGACGUUUGGGUCUGCCAUCAGUGGAGAGAAUGCCAAGAAGGUGGUGGAGGAAUGCAUCACUACUGAACUUAUUGAGACCAAGUCACAAGGGAAAUUGAUUCAGCUGGUCAACGCAGCACACACACAGGGUCCUUACAUAAACAGCAGAAGGAGCACAGACAGCGUGAAGGGGGACGUGGUUGACUAUGCUCGUCAGAAAUGGCCCAUUUACUUCUCGAAGUUCCACGAGGUUACGCAAAUGUCCGGGCCUCCUCUACCCAAAAGCAAUUUUAUUGUGGCCAUCAACUGGAAUGGGAUCUCCUUCCAGGAUGAGAAAGAGAAGAAGCUCCUUGAGCUGUCCUACCCAGAGGUGACUGGGGUGAACAAGUCCAGUGAUGACGGCAGGAUCGACAGCGGUCAGUCUGUGAGCCUGGCCACACUGAGAGGGCAGUUCCUACUGCAGUCUGUGGAUGCAGGAGAGAUGGCUGACCUGAUCCAGUGGUACCUGGAGGGCCUGAGGGAGCGCUCCAUCUACGCAGUGGCCCUGCAGGACGUCAACAAACAGGACGACCCCACGUUGCUGAGCUACAAGAGAGGGGACGUGCUGGUCAUCGUGAAGGACGGAGAGUACUCCCCCGACCGGGGAUGGAUCAAAGGCACUAACGAGCACACUGGGAACACCGGCGCCAUCUCCAUGGACACGGUCCUGGUUCUGCCAACCCUUGAAAAGCCCAGCGAUACCACACUGAGUCUGCUGAAUCUGAGCCCAGACCAGAAGAAGACAGUGGCUCAGAACGCCCACGAAAGGGAAGAAGCAAUCUCCCCCGUCUCACUGAAAGAGUUUGCCAUUGAGUACUUUAGGAAGCCUGGUAAAGAGGGCGGCCGUGGGGCGCAGGCCAGAGGGGCAGGCAGGGAGAAACUGUGGGCUGCCUCCAAAGAACCCAUCAAACAGCCCCUACUGAAGAGUCUGGUGGGCAACACUGACUUUAGCCAUCUGGCCUGCAUCUCCUUCACUGCUAUCCUAAAGUACAUGGGAGAUUACCCUAUCAAACAGGUGCGCCAGCCCAUAGAGCUGACUGACCAGAUCUUUGGUCCGGCCACUCAGCAUGUACCUUUACAGGACGAGGUCUACUGCCAGAUCAUGAGGCAGAUGACCAGUAACAGCAGCAGGAUGAGUGUAGACUAUGGUUGGCAGCUCAUGUGGCUGUGCACCGGCCUUUUCCCACCCAGCCAGACCCUGCUGAGGUACACCCAGCGUUUCCUAGAGUCACGGCCCAGAGAGCCCCUGGCUGCAGACUGCCUGCAACGGCUACAAAUGCUCCUCAGUAUGGAGCCCAGGAAGCUGCCUCCCCAUCAGGUGGAGGUGGAUGCCAUUCAACAGAACAGCAACCAAAUCUUCCAUAAAAUCCACUUCCCCAAUGACUCAACUGAGCUCUUCGAGGUGACUUCAACAACUAGGAUUCGUGACCUUGUUCGUAACAUUGCCUACAAGCUCAUUCUGGCCUCAGCUGACGGUUACGGUCUCUUCAUUAAAACGCCAAACAAGGUGAUGAGCUUGGAGGAUCAAAACUACUUCUUUGACAGUUUGAGGCAGAGCACAGACCAACCUAAGAAAACAAAGAAAGUCAGAGAGGCAAGAAAAGGUGGUAAAACAGAGGGAGUUCCGGCCACCAUGCCCUACCUGGUCAUCUUCAUGAGGAAGCUGUGGUUCAACGUGACCCCUGGAAGAGACCUGACCUCUGACCUUACUUUCCACUUCCCACAGGAGUUGCCAAAGUACCUGCGUGGCUACCACAAGUGUACCAAGGAGGAGAUGAUCAGCCUGGCUGGCCUGCUGUUCAGGGUCAAAGUGGACACGGACAGAUCCCAGUUUGUCAUGAUUCCCAAGAUGCUGAAGGAGCUGGUGCCGGCUGAUGAGAUGAAAACCAUGUCCCCAGAGGACUGGAAGAAGCACAUAAUCUCCUCCUACAACAAGCAAGCCGGGAUCACCUUGGACGAGGCUAAAGUGGCCUUCCUAAAAGGCAUCUGCCACUGGCCGACGUUCGGCUGUGCUUUCUUUGAAGUAAAGCAAACCUCUGAACCGAGUUACCCGAGUAUUGUCCAGAUUGCAAUCAGCAAGCAAGGAGUCAGCUUUAUCGACCCCAAAACAAAGGAGUUGCUGGUCAUGCACCCGUUCAACCGCAUCACCAAUUGGUCUAGCGGGAGCACCUACUUCCACAUGACCAUUGGCAACCUGGUCAAAGGGAACACAUUCCUUUGUGAGACCUCAUUGGGUUACAAAAUGGAUGACCUCCUAUCAUCUUAUGUGAACAUGUACGAGAUGCAGAGGCAGGCUGUACGACCCAGAAAUAACUCCAUGUUCCCUACCUAAUGCCUGCUGGGAAAUAGGGAGGACAAGGCAGAUUAAUUUAUAAAACAGUAAACCAAGCAUGAAGGGAAACCCAAUGGAUACAACUUGUAAUUUGACGGAGAGAUUACUUUUCAUUUGGUCUAAACCCCUUUGCAUAGCUUUGUAAUGGUUGCCAUAUUGAAUUGGCACUGUGCCUUGUCUUGUGUGUGAAAGGCUUCUCAUAACAAUUUUGAAUACCAGUAUCCACAGUGUGGAACUAGAAAAAAUGACAAAUCAUGUGUAUAUACAAAUAAGGCUUGCCUCACUGAACAAAAUUAAUAAAGCAUUUUUGAAUUAUGA